CACGGUUCUUUAACAUCGAUCAUACUCAAAUUAGCAGGUGGCGAGUGAAAGAAGAGGAGUUCAAGAACGCAAGGAAAACAAGUUGCAGAGUAGGAUCCGGUGCUUCAUCAUUAUAUCCACUCGCUGAAAAUUCAUUGAAAGA